AUACUUCAUCUAUCAUCGCUACAAAAAAAUCAAAGCAUCACUAAUUCACUAUAUACACUCACAAAACGGAAUUCUUCAAAUUCUGAAAACUCAAUAUCUUUCUAUUUCAUAAGAUUAAUCAUUAAGAUUUAUUAACUUUUUACUCGAUCGGCAAACAAAAGGAAGAAGAUGAUGAUGUUACCUGAAGCAUGCGUAGCCAACAUCCUUGCCUUCACAUCUCCAGCCGAUGCAUUUUCGUCAUCGGAAGUCUCUUCGGUGUUCCGGUUAGCGGGAGACUCCGAUUUUGUAUGGGAAAAGUUUCUACCGUCCCAUUACAAAAGCCUCAUCUCUCAAUCUACUGAUCACCAUCGGAUUUUUUCGUCCAAAAAGGAGAUUUAUCGAUGUUUAUGUGACUCUCUUCUCAUCGAUAAUGCUCGAAAGCUGUUCAAGAUCAAUAAAUUUUCCGGGAAAAUUUCCUACAUUUUAUCAGCAAGAGAUAUUUCCAUAACUUAUAGUGACCAUGCAUCGUACUGCUCUUGGAGCAAUGUCUCAGAUUCUAGAUUUUCAGAGUCAGCUGAACUUAUAACAACAGACCGAUUAGAAAUCAAGGGUAAAAUUCAAACCACAGUUUUAUCACCAAACACAAAAUAUGGAGCAUAUCUCAUCAUGAAAGUAACUAACGGUGCUUACGGACUAGACCUAGUUCCGGCGGAGACAUCGGUUAAAUCUAAGAAUGGUCAAAAUAAUAAGAACACAACUUAUCUAUGUUGCUUGGAUGAGAAGAAACAGCAAAUGAAGCGGCUAUUUUACGGGAACCGAGAAGAGCGAAUGGCGAUGACUGUGGAGGCCGUAGGCGGAGACGGGAAAAGGAGGGAGCCGAAAGCUAGAGACGACGGGUGGUUGGAGAUUGAGUUAGGAGAGUUUGUGACACGAGAAGGAGAAGAUGAUGAAGUCAAUAUGAGUCUUACGGAGGUGAAAGGAUAUCAACUGAAAGGUGGAAUUGUGAUUGAUGGUAUUGAAGUGAGGCCUAUACCUCUGAAAUAGGGAUCAAGAUGAGUAUAGUAUUAACAAAUUGAUUUUAUUUUAUUUCUUUUUUUUUGGUCCUAUUUGAUCUAUUAUUUAGUCUGUGUCACGUGUAUGAUAAUAUAUAAUCAACUAUGUUUUAAAUAUUUUUUUCAAAUAUUUUUUACUUUUUCAAUCGGUUAUGUAAAGUACACUUAUUGUGUGGUAGCCACAACACAAACACCUCUUGAACUUGUCAUUUAAUUCGCGUUUUAAGUACAAGUUGGAGUUACA